AUGGCCACCACCGCACAGGGCGCGAAGAUCAUCGAUGGCACUGCAGUAGCCAAAUCUAUCCGCGAGGAGGUCGCGGGGAAGAUAAAGUCUCUGCAGUCGCAGUACCCCCGCUUCCGCCCCAGCCUUGCCAUCAUCCAGGCUGGCGAGCGCCCGGACUCGUCGGUCUAUGUGCGCAUGAAGGCCAAGGCGGCCGAGGAGGUCGGCAUCGAGUUCAAGCACGUGAAGGUCCCUGAGGAGGCCGAAGUGGCUGAGGUUGUCGAAAUUGUAAAAAAGCUGAACGAGGACGAAAUCGUUAGCGGUAUCCUCGUUCAACUCCCUCUUGGGUCUCACGUCGGUGCCGAUGGCGAGCGCACCGUUACUGAGGCGGUCAGCCCUGAGAAGGACGUCGACGGAUUCCAUGCAUACAACAUCGGCCACCUCUCGUCUCGUGCCUCCGACCCCCUGUUCACUCCGUGCACUCCUUCCGGCGUUAUUCGUCUUCUAGACUCCACCGGCGUCCAAAUUGCUGGCUCGCGUGCUGUCGUUCUCGGCCGCAGUGACAUCGUGGGCAGCCCCGUCGCGGCCAUGCUUCGUCACCGGGACGCGACCGUUACUCAAUGCCACAGCCGCACCAAGAACUUGGAAGCUAUCGUCAAGGAAGCUGACAUCGUCGUGUCUGCCAUCGGAAAGGCUCAGCUCGUCAAGGGUGAAUGGCUGAAGCCUGGCGCCGUGGUCAUCGACGUCGGCACCAACUACAUCCCGGAUGCUACGAAGAAGUCUGGCCAACGCCUUGUCGGCGACGUCGACUUCGACUCUGCUGCUGCCGUCGCGUCCCACAUCACCCCCGUGCCGGGAGGUGUCGGACCUAUGACCGUGGCCCUGCUCAUGGUAAACACGCUCAAGGCCGCCGAACGUCUCUGGGAGGAGACGCGUGCACGUCGCAUCAAGCCCCUCAAGCUCGACAUCCUGGCCAAGGUCCCCAGCGACAUCGAAAUCGCUAUGGCGCAGACGCCCAAGCCCGUCGCCCAGCUGGCGCACGAGCUCGGUCUGCACCCAGAUGAGGUCGAGCUGUACGGCAAGUACAAGGCGAAGGUUGAGCUGAGCGUUCUGGACCGCCUUGCCCAUCGCAAGGACGGCAAGUACAUCGUCAUUGCUGGUAUCACGCCCACUCCUCUCGGUGAGGGCAAGUCCACGACCACGAUUGGUCUUGCACAGGCUCUUGGCGCGCAUCUUGGCCGCCCCGCCUUCGCUUGCGUGCGUCAGCCCAGUCAAGGACCUACGUUUGGUAUCAAGGGUGGUGCCGCUGGUGGAGGCUACAGUCAGGUCAUUCCCAUGGAUGAGUUCAACCUCCAUUUGACUGGUGAUAUUCACGCCGUAACGGCUGCGAACAACUUGUUGGCCGCGGCUCUCGACGCACGUAUGUUCCACGAGGGCACUCAAUCCGACAAGGCACUCUACAGCCGGCUCGUCCCAUCCAAGAAGGGCAAGCGCGAGUUCGCUCCUCUCAUGUUCAAGCGUCUCAAGAAGCUCGGCAUCGACAAGACGGACCCGAACGAGCUCACCCCCGAGGAGAUCACCCACUUCGCGCGCCUCGACAUCGACCCAGAGACCAUCACCUGGAACCGCGUCCUCGACACGAACGACCGCUUCCUCCGCAAGAUCACCAUUGGCCAGAACCCAACUGAGCAGGGCCACGAGCGCGUCGCUGGGUUCGACAUCGCUGUCGCCAGCGAGUGCAUGGCUGUCCUUGCGCUCACGACGGGCCUCGCGGAUAUGCGCGAGCGUCUGGGUGCGAUGGUCGUCGCGACCAGCAAGCGCGGCGAGCCCGUCACGGCUGACGACCUCGGUGUCGGAGGUGCUCUCGCUGUCCUCAUGAAGGAUGCUAUCAAGCCCAACCUCAUGCAGACCCUGGAGGGCACACCCGUCUUCGUCCAUGCCGGUCCCUUCGCUAACAUCGCCCACGGUAACUCUUCCAUCUUGGCCGACCGCGUCGCGCUCAAGCUCGCUGGUACGGAGGAGGGCGACUCGUCCGACCGCGUCGGCUACGUCCUGACCGAAGGCGGUUUCGGCGCCGACAUGGGUAUGGAGAAGUUCUGCAACAUCAAGUGCCGUGUCAGCGGCCUCCACCCUGAUGCCACUGUCAUUGUCGCGACCACCCGUGCGCUCAAGAUGCACGGCGGCGGACCGGACGUGUCGCCUGGCAAACCUCUUGCGGAGACGUACACUAAGGAGGACUUGGUCACGCUCCGCGAGGGCUGUAAGAACUUGGCGAAGCAUAUCGAGAACUCGCGCAAGUUCGGCGUCAAGGUCAUCGUCGCCAUCAACCAGUUCUCAUCCGACACCCCGGCUGAGCUCGACCUCGUCCGUGAGCAGGCUCUAGCUGCUGGUGCGGAUGCCGCUGUGGUUAGCAACCACUGGGCGGAGGGCGGUGCCGGUGCCCGCGCGCUCGCAGAGGCGGUCAUCGCCGUCUGCGAGGGCGAGUCGAACUUCAAGUUCCUGUACGACCUCAACCUCCCCAUCGAGAAGAAGAUCGAGAUCAUCUCGAAGGAGAUCUACGGUGCGGACGGCAUCACGCUGAGCGAGCAGGCGCAGAAGCAGGUCGAGACGUACACCCGUCAGGGCUACGGGGACCUUCCCAUUUGCAUGGCGAAGACCCAGUACUCGUUCUCGCACGACCCCAAGCUCAAGGGUGUCCCUACCGGCUUUACCAUCCCCAUCCGCUCCGUCCGCCUCUCGGCAGGUGCGGGCUUCCUGUACCCCAUCCUCGGCGACAUGCAGACCAUGCCCGGCCUUGGCACGCGCCCCGGCUUCUGGGAGGUCGGACUCGACCCCGAGUCCGGCCGCGUCGUCGGUCUCUUCUAG